AUGAGCUCGAGUGAAGAUGAGGAUGACAAAUUCCUAUAUGGUUCAGAUAAUGAAGAACCAAAAAAUGAAAAGAAAAGACCAAGAGAAGCCGCUGAAGAUGACAAUGAAGGUCCUACAAGUGAUAAGGUAGUAAGCCAACAUAAUAAUGAUUUGAAAAGACCAAAGCUAGCGAAAGACUCUCUGGCAAAUGCCAGCUCUGAUGAAGAAGAAAGUGGCUCCGAAAGCGAUUCAGACAUCGAGUUCAUUAUUAGUACAGGCCCUGAUCCACAUCGACUGGAUUCUUCAACAGUACCAGGUAGUAAUAAUGCUAUUGUGACGGUUUCUGAAGGUGCAAAUGUAGGAGGAGAAACAAUGUCAAAGAGCACAGCUACAGCCACGACGGCCGAGAUAUCCACAUUAAAUGCAUUAGGUGACACUGAGGUUGCUGGAACUUCUGAGUUAGAUAACGAAACACUAGGUCCUGAAACAACAACUAAGAGCGGAACCUCUGCUGAGGGUAUUGAUUUAGAUAAGGAAGGUUUGUAUAAUGACGAACCAGUGUCAACCAUUGAUCCAGAAGUACUAAAAGAGAAACCAUGGAGACAGCCCGGUGCGAACAUAUCCGAUUAUUUUAACUAUGGAUUUAAUGAAUAUACAUGGAUGGAAUACCUUCAUAGACAGGAAAAACUAAGGCAAGAAUACAACCCAAGAAGAAUACUUAUGGGUCUCAUGACAUUACAGCAACAGGGCAGGCUCGAUCAGCCUCAAGGAGGACACCAGAGUAUGCCUGAUAAUAUGGCCAUAAAUAACCCACAACCUACUAAUAACGAUAACAUGAUGCAUAAACCAACUCCACCGCUACCGAAUUUCCCAAUGCCUCCUAUGUUUGGUGGAUUCUCUCCUUUUAUGCCACCUGGAAUGAUGGCACCUAUGAACCGAAUGCCGAAUCAAAAUCAAAACCAAGGCCAAAACCAGAACCAAAACCAAAACCAGCUAAGUAAGUGA